CUAACUUAACGGCCAAACCGGAAAAAGCUGGUUCAUUUAUAAACACAACACAGUGGAGCAUAAGAAUUAUCGACCAGCAACAUUAACAACAACAAAUCAAACCAAACCCAACAAAACCAAACAAAACAAAACCCUCUCUCUUGACGAUCUCCCCGAUGCUCCAUUUUCUUGCUUAAGUUAUUUUUUUCUCUCUUUUCCCUCAGUUUUUUCUGCCCUUCUUUUAGAUCCCAUCUGAUUCUUGAUUUGGUGAAUGGCAUCAAUACCGCAUUCUCCUGUUGUAUUUACUGGAAAAGCUACUGCUUCGGAUCUUCUUCGAAGCUCUAGUAAUGGAGUUAGUGGAGUCCCGCUAAGGACACUAGGGAGAGCUCGAUUUUACGGUUCGAGAAAAGCUGGGGACUUGGGAGGAGGAGGAGUUGUUGCUAAGAUUAGGAAAGUUAAGAAGCAUGAGUAUCCAUGGCCUGAUAAUCCGGAUCCUAAUGUUCCUGGAGGAGUUCUGUCCCAUCUUUCGCCUUUUAAGCCCUCGAAAGAGCGGCCUAAGCCUGUUACUUUGGAUUUUGAGAGGCCCCUUGUUGAUCUUGAGAAAAAGAUUAUUGAUGUGAGGAAGAUGGCUCAAGAAACUGGUUUGGAUUUCAGUGAUCAGAUUGUCUCAUUGGAGAAUAAAUAUCAACAGGCUCUUAAGGAUUUGUAUACACAUUUGACCCCUAUACAACGUGUAAAUAUCGCACGACACCCUAACAGGCCCACUUUCCUUGACCACGUUUUUAGCAUUACCGAAAAGUUUGUGGAGCUUCAUGGAGAUCGAGCUGGUUAUGAUGAUCCUGCUAUUGUUACUGGUAUAGGAACUAUAGAUGGUAAAAGAUACAUGUUUAUGGGUCAUCAAAAGGGUAGAAACACAAAAGAGAAUAUUAUGCGCAAUUUUGGAAUGCCUACUCCUCAUGGCUACCGAAAAGCUCUGCGCAUGAUGUAUUAUGCAGAUCAUCAUGGGUUUCCUAUAGUUACUUUUAUUGACACACCUGGGGCAUUUGCAGAUAUUAAAUCUGAAGAACUCGGCCAGGGUGAAGCCAUUGCCCAUAAUUUGAGGACAAUGUUUGGUCUAAAGGUACCGAUUAUUUCUAUCGUCAUCGGGGAAGGUGGCUCUGGUGGUGCUCUGGCCAUUGGCUGUGCAAAUAAAUUGUUAAUGCUUGAAAAUGCAGUUUUCUAUGUUGCUAGUCCUGAAGCUUGUGCAGCAAUUUUAUGGAAGACUGCCAAAGCUUCUCCAAAGGCAGCUGAAAAGUUGAAGAUUACUGCUACCGAGUUGUGCAAGCUGCAAAUUGCAGAUGGCAUCAUCCCUGAGCCACUUGGUGGUGCACAUGCAGACCCAUCAUGGACCUCUCAGCAGAUAAAGAAUGCGAUUAAUGAAUAUAUGGAUGAGCUCAAACAGAUGGACACACAAGAGCUUCUAAAACAUCGUAUGCUUAAGUUCCGCAAAAUUGGUGGCUUUCAAGAGGGGAUUCCAAUUGAUCCCAAAAGAAAAGUCAACAUGAAAAUGAAAGAAGAACUUGUUGCAGGAAAGACUCCAGUGCUAGAAUUGGAAGGCGAGGUUGAAAAACUGAAACAGCAAAUAUCAAAAGCCAAGGAGUCAUCUGGCAAGGCCCCUGAGGUAGCUUUGAAUGAGAUGAUUGAAAAGCUGAAAAAGGAGGUUGAUCUUGAAUAUUCUGAAGCUGUUAAAGCUUUGGGCUACCAGGAUAGGCUUGCAAAGUUGCGUGAAGAAUCUUUGAAAGCAAAUUCGCAAGACCGUCUUAUAAAUCCAAUUCUGAUGGACAAGAUUGAAAAACUUAAGGACGAGUUCACUCAGAACCUGUCAGCAGCUCCUAAUUAUGCAAGUCUGAAGUAUAAACUUGAUAUGUUGAAGGAGUUUACUAAAGCCAAGAGCAUCUCGGAAAAGAACAGUAAAGCGUUAGCACUAAAGCAGAAAAUCAAUAACAAAUUUAAAGAAGUCAUGGAUCGAUCUGAUAUUAAGGAGAAAAUGGAGGCAUUAAAGGCUAAAAUUCAUAUGUCAGAAGCUUAUAAUGAAGGUGAUAUAGAUGAAGACACAAAGGAGAGCAUUGCAAAGAUGAGACAAGAUAUGGAAUUGGAACUGGCAAAUAUGUUUAAGUCCCUUGGUUUGGAUGUCGAGAUCAUGAAGACCAAAGUGAAAGAACUGAGCGAGCAGACUCCAAUCCCAGAUUUCAAGGCUAAGGUGGAAAGUUUUAAGGAACAAACUAAUAAGAAAAUUGAAGAUUUAAUCCACUCAUCAGAAAUUAAAAACUUGAUCGACAUACUGAAACUGGAGGCAGCAAAAGCAGGAAAUAAACCAGACGUGACAACAAAAAAUAAAAUUGAAGCUUUGGAACAACAAAUAAAGCUGAAGCUCUCAGCAGCUAUCAGCUCAUCGGAGAUAAAGGACAAAUAUGAAGAGCUCAAUGUAGAGCUUUCUGAAGCCAUGGAGUUAGAUGGAAGUCUCAAAAAUAAUGAUCUGAAGGAUGGGGAUGCCAAGCCUGAUGAGUCGAGAGUGGAGAUUAAUUUGGGCGCAAAUAGCAGCAUUGCUUAGACAUCUCGUAUGUAGAAGUUGUACUAAGGAAGAUGUCGUAGGAAUAGCUAAAGCCCGGAACAGCAUCAAGUUUGUCCUGUCAGAACAUGCUAAUAUUACAGUUCACACUGCUGACGAGAAUGUACUGUCACUGCCGCUUCCUGCCAGAGUGAACAAGGUUCGGGAACGUGAGAAUCGUGUAGCAUUGCAAUUUUUUAGUCAGAACAGUACCGUUUUGAGUUAAGCUUUUUUAGUUUAUCAACUUCCACCUCUUGGUUAAGUUUUGUGGUAGAAUGUGGCUCUAUUUAUAUUUUAUAGACAGACAAAUUUGUGUAAAUUAUGUUUGUGCCCAGAGAAGCUUAUGACACUUUUUCGCAACAUGAAUAAAACUCUUAUUUUGAGUGUGAUGGAUUGAAAGGUAAA